AUGCGGCGCGUGGCGCGGGCCGCGCUGAGGGCUCUGCCCCGGGAGGCGCCGCCAUGGCGGCCCUGCCGCCCCCCGCCCGGGCCCGGGGCAGCUCCGACACCGCCCCGCCCGCUCUGCACCGCCCCAGAGCCGCCCUGGGGCCCGGCCCGCCCGCUCUGCACCGCCCCGGGUCCGCCGCCCUCCAAGCACUAUCGCCUGGUGUUCACCUGCAAGGUGUGCCAGACGCGCUCGUCCAAAUCCAUCUCGAAGGCCGCCUACCACCGCGGGGUGGUGAUCGUGACCUGCCCCGGCUGCGGGAACCACCACGUCAUCGCCGACAACCUGGGCUGGUUCUCCGACCUGCAGGGAAAGAGGAAUAUCGAGGAGAUCCUGGCAGCCAAAGGGGAGAAGGUGAGACGUAUGGCUGGUGAGGAAGCUCUGGAAUUGCUGCUGGAAAGCUCAGCAGAGCCCGAGUCCCAAGGUCAGCUGGCAGAGGGGGACAGCAAGGAAGCCCCCCCAGAAGCUGGCAGCAAGGGACAGACCUGACACGUGGGAUUUGGGUUGUCCUACUGGUGCCAAGAGACUCUUCACCUUCAUUCCCUGAUUUCCACAGUCUGUAUUUAAAAUAAACUCAUGUGGGGUUUUCUC